AUGCGCACCCUUGUCCUAGUUGCUCUUGUUGCCAUCGUUGCUGUGGCCUCGGCCCAGGGCCCUGGAGGUCCUGGCGGUUGGGGCGGUCCCGGCGGCUGGGGCGGUCCCCGUGGCGGUCGCGGUGGUCGCGGUCCAGGUGGCCCCGGCGGUCCCGGUGGUCCGGGCGGUCCGCCACGUGGACCCGGUGGUCCUGGCGGCUUUGGCGGACCAGGCGGUGGUCCAGGAGGUCCAGGUGGUCCAGGCGGUCCGGGUGGCCCAGGCGGUCCGGGAGGUCCAGGCGGUCCAGGUGGCCCAGGACCAUGGGGACCACCAUGCAACAGCACCACCAGCACCACCACCGAGGCAGCCACAUCCUCCUCAUCCAGCUCCAGCUCCAGUUCCAGCUCCAGCUCAAGCUCCAGUUCCACAUCCACCACCGAAGCCACCACCUCCAGCUCCACAGAGUCUUCUGGUUAA